CAGUGCAUGCCGGCCUCAGUAUCCACCGCCUCAGCUCGGAGGCCAAGCUCAAAAGACCUGGACCAGGCCAAAGUAAUCUCGACGCGCUUCAGGAUUUCUCUUCCCCUCUUGCUUUCCAAAAUUAAAUUGAUCAAGAGCAUCGUCUCCCUUCUUACACAUUUCUUGAGAUAGCCAACGAAGAUUGCAGUCAUGGCCACGCAACCACCUCCGCCUUACCAGCCCAACGGCGAGCAGGGCAACAAAAGCGCCGCGCCCGCGACCAACUUGCCCGGCCAGCCCAUCGCCAUGCAGCCCAUGGGCCAGCCUGGCAUGGACACCUCUGGACAGAAGGUGACGCCGCUCCACCUCAUGAGCGAGGUGCCCGAGUGGGUGGACUGCCAAAUGUGCCAGCAGCGCACGCGCACGCGCAUCGAGAAGAAGGGCGAGGGCAUGCAAUUUCUCACAGGUGCGCUCCUCUGCCUCGUCUGCAUCUGUCUCGCCCCCCUGCCCUGCUGCCUCCACUGGUUCGAGCAGACCAACUGGUACUGCGACAAGUGCGGCAAGCAGAUUGCCACGCGCACCCCCGAAUCGCCCGUCCAUGUCCUGCCUCCGCCUCACGCCCUCAGCGUGCCUUCGCAAUACGGCGGCCAGCAGCCUCCUCACGGCCAAGGUCCCCAGGGGCCGCCGCCGCCGCCGCAUGUCAACCCCCAGGCUGGCGGUAUGCCUCCUCAUGGUCAGGCGCCCAUGUCGCCCCCGGUCGGCUCUCCCUACGCUGGCACGCCGCCCGCCGGCCCUCCUGGUGGCAGCCCCGUGCCCAUCGAGCACCAGCACAACCCCAACCCUGAGAUCACGCAGGCGCCGCUCCCAGCGCAGACUACCGGAGGCCCCGACUCCGUGCCCAUGAAGAACUAGAGUCUUGGUGAGAAUCGAGCAUUGCGCGGUGUUGGUGAGGCGAGGCGAAUGGUGGUGGUGUCUGUAAUUUGUGGGUGUGGAGUUUGACUAGGCUUGGUGGUGUUGCAAGAUCUGGCUGUGAGAUUUGGCCAUAGAUACCCGAUGAUGAUUGUCUUGUUUCUCAAUAUACACGACCUUUUUUUUUUUUUCU